UUUGUAAACUGACAUACCAAAGAAAUCAGUUCUAUAAUGUCAUGGAAUUCUCCUAUACCUUUACUGCAGAGAAAUCUGUUCUUCCAUAGCAUAUUUUCAUUUUUUUGGUUCAUACCAAUCAAUUUUAAGUAACUGCUGGUUACACCAAAAGGUUUAAGAUCUUUUAUUGUAAUAUGUAGUGGAUGUAAUUCGUGAAGCAAAACUGACGAGUCUCAUCGGCUUUCUCCCGAUAAUACAUUCACUCUUUCCUCAAGACUCCUGAGUUUUCCUUCAUAAAUGGUUCCAUCCCAUCCCUAUAUAAACCGCAAGAAUUCACAUUCUUGUUUCCAUGUCUCUCAAUCUAUCCCAUCAUCUCGGAAAUGGCUUCCACCUUCAGGGUCUUCUUUCUGGCAUUCCUGUUAACUCUGAGCUUGCUGUUCGUGGCCAAGGCAAGGCCGUCUGACCCGAGGCCAACAAGCAGCCUCGUGGCACGGUUGAAGUUGGAUAACGGAUCAGCCAACUGCUGGGAGUCACUGGUUCAGCUUCAAUCAUGCACCGGAGAGCUUAUUAUGUUCUUCCUUGAUGGUGAGACCAACCUCGGGCGCAGCUGCUGCCAGGCAAUUCGUACCAUAAGCCAUCGGUGCUGGCCAACCAUGAUCGAUGCGCUAGGCUUUACCACCGAAGAGACCCACGUCCUUGAAGGCUACUGCGACCAUGAAGAGUCACCGCCAUCCGUCGUUGGUCCCAAUGGAGCUGUUUCUUCUAAACUAAUCAGUCCCUAAGUGGAUAAAUUUUCUGUCUUGAUAAUAAUCUGAUCAUAUAAUAAUUAAAGCAAAAUGCUUAGUAAAGCAUGCUUUGAGUAUGAAGAAUGUAUGGACAUUUGAUUAAAUGUUUGCAUUUUCAUUUAAAAUCCAAUUAAGAAGGCUUGCAAAAGAAGCCCAUAAAAAAGUAAU